CCCUGACGCGACCGCUUUUCGCCACUAAAUAUAGGUUUUAAUCGCUCAAUGAAAACACCAGCUGUACCCUGCUGACAGCACUGUUUCAUAUUCCCCAGUGGGAAUGGGAUGUUUUUGAUUUUACAGCCGUCCCGGAGGAGAAUCUUAGCUCCAUCACAAUGACAGAAAAUAAACAGAUGCCAUGAUAUCUGACUGUCUGUGCAGCUCCAGGGAAGUCACGGUAGCGUUAGCAACCUCUGCAAAUUAACAGUUAAUGUGCACAAGAGGGUUUGAAGGAGAAAAACUUUACCUGCCUCACUGACCCACACCUAACGUAACAACGCGAGCACCAUUUCCGGGCUCGUGACAUCGGCUAUAGUGGAGCGGGACGUCGGAGUGAGGGGCGCGGGGAGCGGAGCGGUGUCGGUUAACAUAGCCGGGCUGGUGGACGACAGCAUGGCUGCGGGAAAGGGAGCUGGCAAACCCUCCUCGAUGUGGGACAACAUGCGGAUACGGUUCAUCGUUUGCUUCCUCGGAGUCUUCGUCUGUUACUUUUACUACGGAAUAUUACAAGAGACUAUCACUCGAGGUGAUUAUGGCCAGGGGGACCAAAAGGAGAAGUUCAGAUUUGCCCGGACAUUGGUCUGCAUCCAGUGCAUUAUCAGUUGUCUGUUUGCUAAGAUCUUGAUCCAGUUUUUCGAGGGCUCCAAGCCGGAUCUCACCAAGAGCUGGCUCUAUGGGCUGUGUUCCCUCUCGUAUCUUGGAGCCAUGGUGUCCAGUAACUCCGCCCUUCAGUAUGUCAACUACCCCACACAGGUUCUGGGGAAAUCCUGCAAGCCCAUACCUGUGAUGAUCCUCGGGGUGACAAUACUGAGGAAGAGGUACCCGCUUGCUAAGUAUCUGUGUGUGCUGCUUAUUGUGAGCGGUGUAGCGCUGUUCCUCUACAAACCUAACAAGAGCUCAGCUGUUGCAGAUGACCACAUUUUUGGGUUUGGAGAGAUUCUGUUGCUGGUCUCUCUGACAUUGGACGGUUUGACUGGUGUGGCCCAGGACCACAUGAGGGCUCGCUUCCAGACGAGUGCCAACCACAUGAUGCUGAACAUCAACAUGUGGUCCACUCUGGUGCUGGGACUAGCGAUAUUGUGGACAGGGGAGGUAUGGGAGUUCCUGAGUUUUACUGAGCGCCACCCGAGCAUCAUCUACAAUAUUCUUCUGUUUGGACUGACCAGCGCUUUAGGCCAGACCUUCAUCUUUAUGACGGUGGUGUACUUUGGGCCUCUGACUUGCUCCAUCGUCACCACCACGAGGAAGUUCUUCACCAUCCUUGGCUCCGUAAUUCUGUUUGGCAAUGUCAUGACUUCGAUGCAGUGGAUUGGCACCAUUCUGGUGUUCCUCGGUCUCGGACUGGAUGCUAAAUUUGGCAAAGCCCCCAAGAAGACGACACACUAAAACAUCUGGAGCUUUUGAGAGAAAGAUUUCAGAGGAAAAACACUCUAUAGCCAGUAUCUUACUUUCAUAGGACGUCCUGUACAGGCAUACUGUAUGUGCCUAUGAUUUGUAGUGUGGUCAGAUUUUUAACUUAACUGUAUUUAAAAGAGAGUCCAGCUUCUGUUGUGUACUGUUGAUAUAUUGGAGAGACGAGUUUUACUUGGGAUCAAGUCCUGAAUGAACUGUGAUGAGCAUUAAUUUUUUUUUUUUUUUUUAAAAACCACAAGAUACCACACUCGGACUGGCAGAAAGACGCAGGUGGAAAAUGUUGUAUUUAGACAAAUCUUUGUUUCUCAAACCAGCUCACCUCCCUUGGAUGGACACUGAAACCAAACAAGGCCUAAGACAUACAUUUCCAGCAUUUGUCUCAUGAACUUGCCACCAAAAAAGGCUUGGUUUACAACUGUACAAACUGUUGCUUGAAUAUGUGUAAUUAUCGCACACAAAGUGUAUUUCUUGGUAAACAAUCAGCCAAGUAUCAUGUCAUUUAUAAAACAUAAACGGUUAUAUGUAGCCUGUGUUACGUCCAGUCUUACUAUUGAAUUGUUUUUACUUUUAUUUUCUACAAGUUGAAAAUAACUUGCCAUAAAAGGGACAUUGUGAUAUUUUCA